UUCCUCGGCCUUCUUACAGCUUCACUGGCUUUAAUAUUGCAGCCUAUGUGUUACUACAAAUAGCACAUAUUGUCACUUGCAGCUGUUGGGGAAAGAACGCUCUAACUGAAUCUGCCGUGUAAAUAUCCCCCUCUAGAAUUUGUCUACAAAAAAUGGGACGAAAAAAGAUACAAAUAUCGCGAAUUGGCGACGAAAGAAAUCGACAGGUGACCUUCACCAAACGGAAAUUUGGUUUGAUGAAAAAGGCGUACGAGCUAAGCAUCUUGUGCGAUUGUGAAAUAGCUUUGAUAAUAUUCAACUCCAGCAACAAGCUGUUUCAGUAUGCAAGCACAGACAUGGAUAAGAUCUUGCUGAAGUACACGGAAUAUAACGAACCGCACGAGAGCCGAACGAAUAAUGAUAUUUUGGAGACUAUUUCAAAGAAGGAAAACAAAUCCAUGCCUUCUCCUGACGACUCGGAAAAGCAGUUCAUUCUGACGCCUGGAACAGAGGCGAAGUACAAGAAAAUUAAUGAAGAAUUUGAUUUGAUGAUGAGAAAGAACAGGCUGAAUCCUGCCCCUGCCGAUGGGUUCAACGCAGUUCCUGUUGCCGUACCGGUCACUCAAAAUGAUCACUCCAGUUCAUAUAACACCGGUCCGAGCCACCCUAGUAAUCAAGGAACACCUGGACCCAACAACUCUGGCCUGCUGUCCCCCCCGCCGCCGCCCUCUGGAAGACUCUCUGCUGGUCCGCAAUCAGGGGGAGGCAUGCAACGUAUUACAGGUGCUACAAGUCCUGGAAUUACGACCUCAAUGAAUUCUUCGCUUAAUAAUUCAAGCAAUUCCGGGGGAUCAUCGGUCUCGAAGAGACCCGACCUAAAAGUGGUCAUUCCGAAUGCAAGAAAUCCUUUGAGUCAAAACACGAGAACAGGGGGAGUUCACGGCUCAAACAGUGACACCAUCAUAACACCCGUUAUAUCCCUGAGUACCCCUUCGUAUUCUAGUUCCAAUCCAUUGAGUACCCCUGUAAUGCCUAUCAAUACACCAAUGUCCCACUCCGGCCCCUCGUUUCACACUUCAUCCUAUGACCAGUUUUCCAUGGAGUCGGGAGAAAGCAAUUCUCGUGUCGUAUCGACACCUUAUUUGACACUGCAGCACAAUCAGCACCUCUUUGCCCAGCAGAUGGCCAUGCAACAUGGCAUGCUUCAAGGGGGGAAUUCAUUAGGUGGGGGUGGAAUGACAAACCGUCGCAUCCCGGUAUCAAAUAUGCAGGUUGUGGUGAAGUCUGAACCCCCCUCGGACAAUGAUCCCGUGUCACCGGGGUCCCGGUCCUCGCUAUCGCCCACCUCGUUCAACAAUCGCAGACCGCGCGAGAAAGAUGGUCUGGACGGAGGCGAUCCGAAACGCGUAAGACUGGACGCGAAUCAUAAUGACAGAUGGCGUUAGCAGUAGUCAUGGUAACAUAAACAAUGUUUUAUACAGCUUUUAUCUCUGACCUUAAAAUAUAACUGGAUCACUUCUGUUCAAUAGGAAAAAUAUUGCAAACAAUCUCACUAAACCUCCCGUAAACUUCCCGUUGCCUUUUUAUAUUAUAUAAGAAAUCUCACUGCUUUAGGCGUAUUUUUUAAAAACGGUUAUUAUUUUGGUUCUAAAUUUCUGGCUUAUUUGUACGUCCUAUUUAGUCCAGUUCAUUUUGAAGGUCAGAGAGUUUGUAUAUAUUUAGUUCUUCAUAAAAUGUUUAUCAUAAACGUAUCAUAUAGACAUAGUAUUAUCCGGCUCUUUUUAAAAGAGCAAUUUCAUCGCAUGUUUUCAUAACUUGCUACCAAGAUGGCUUAAUUUAGGACUAUAUUUGGUAUUUUUACGCUUAUUCCUACAAGUGUGUGAAUAUUAGUGUAAAUAUGAAAUGUGUAAUUACUAAGGCAAAGUUACAUCACCACAGUUGUUAAGAAUACAUAGUUAGCGGACUUUGUGAAAGUGUAACAAAACAUUACCAAUGUAGGUGGAAUAGAAAUUCAUGAACACUAACAUUAAUAAUGAUAUUUUUACCCAUGGACUAAAACAAAUGAAAGGUACCUAAGGUGGACACUUCUGUGCCAAUUUACAAGCUAGUCUAAGUCACAUACAACCGUAUUUUGUAAUUGGCCGUGUGUUUACAUCACGUUAAAGGAGGACUUGGUUGUAGCCGAAAAGCAUUGCUGCAAAUUUCUGGGUCAUUUAUUUUAGUUCCAAUUUUUUGUAAUUUCAGCCUUAAUUUUUAACUUUGUAUUCAAAUGACUGUGGUUACAAUUUGCUUUCCUGCAAAUUUCAAUGCAUUUUGUCCCCGAAAUUAAUUCCCUUCCCUCCGAAAAAAAAAAAGAAACAUGGUUCGAUUUUACAGCAGUCAUCGUUUCCAUUUUCCAAAUCCCAGAUGUGAAAUCAGAACUCAGUACUUCUUGUUACAUUCCCUAUAGUGUACCCAAGACAAAAACAACAGGAACUUAAGUGAGUUUCAGAAUGCAGCGGCAACUUGCAGGAACAAAUGUAACCAAACCUUAAAAUGUAAAUGUUAUUUCGUAUUGCUUUUCAAAAGCAUAUACCACAGUAAGCAUUACGCUCAGAGAAACUAAACAUUAAAGUGAUAUUCAUUUUUACUGCAAGAAGUCUGAAGGGCAGUUCACACGGGCGAUUUUUACUGCGAUUUUAAAUGCAAUAUUCUCCUUUUGACAGAUGCGGACGAGUGAAUAGUUAUGAAUGCUCUGUGUGUGUGUUUUUGUGCCGUUAUUUGAACAUCCGUAACUAAUCCACUCGAUCACAUCUGUCAAAAGAAGAGAACCGGAACUAAAAUUGCCCAUGUGAACCCGCGUUUAGCCAACUGCGUCGAAUUCUUGCAGUUUCAACUCCCGUGAGUGGCAUUCGGCUCGUGCAAAUGACGACAUCUUGAUUCCGCGAAUUAGACAAAUUUGAAUUCACCAAUUUUGACCAGAAAACCCACAUGUGAACCUGAAAUGGUCACAAUGUUGCGACAAAUUUCUUGUUUUAACAACGGAAGUUAAAU